GCGGGCGACAAAUUCUCGAGAAUUUCCAGCAGACCAGCCAGUGGCUCUUCGGUUUGCUCCAGAGAUCAGGAACAGCGGAGAAGGCAAUUUUCUUUACCAACCGAGAAAGCCCUUCCCCCGACCUCCGUUAGCUAAUUAAAAAAUUUCCAGGCACAUAACCAUCACGAGUUGCAUCAUUUUCCUUGAAGACAUUCCAUUAUUGUUCGUUGACCUUUCCCUGACUACUGGAGUCCUUUGGAUUUGAGUUAUGUCAACAGCUGCCUUGAUUACUUUGGUUAGAAGUGGUGGGAACCAGAUGAGAAGGAGAGUGCUGCUAAGCUCCCGCCUACUGCAGGAUGACAGGCGGGUGAUACCCACAUGCCACAGCUCCACUUCAGAGCCCAGGUGUUCUCGGUUUGACCCAGAUGGUAGCGGGCGUCCAGCCACCUGGGAUAAUUUUGGGAUCUGGGAUAACCGCAUUGAUGAGCCAAUUCUGCUGCCACCCAGCAUUAAGUAUGGCAAGCCAAUACCCAAAAUCAGCUUGGAAAACGUGGGCUGCUCAUCACAGAUUGGCAAACGGAAAGAGAAUGAAGACAGAUUUGACUUUGCUCAGCUGACCGAUGAGGUCCUGUAUUUUGCGGUUUAUGAUGGACAUGGUGGACCUGCAGCUGCCGAUUUCUGUCACACCCACAUGGAGAAAUGCAUCAUGAAUUUGCUCCCUAAGGAGAAGAACUUGGAAACUGUGUUGACCUUGGCUUUUCUAGAAAUAGAUAAAGCCUUUGCAAGUUACGCCCACCUGUCUGCUGAUGCAACCGUUCUGACAUCUGGGACUACUGCAACAGUAGCCCUGUUGAGAGAUGGUAUUGAACUGGUGGUAGCCAGUGUUGGGGAUAGCCGGGCUAUUUUGUGUAGAAAAGGAAAAUCCAUCAAGCUGACCAUUGACCAUACUCCAGAAAGAAAAGAUGAAAAAGAAAGGAUCAAGAAAUGUGGUGGUUUUGUAGCUUGGAAUAGUUUGGGACAGCCUCAUGUGAAUGGCAGACUCGCGAUGACAAGGAGUCUUGGAGAUUUGGAUCUUAAAAGCAGUGGUGUGAUAGCAGAACCUGAAACAAAGAGGAUUAAGCUGCAUCAUGCCAAUGACGGCUUCCUGGUCCUCACUACAGAUGGAAUCAACUUCAUGGUGAACAGUCAGGAGAUUUGUGACUUUGUCAGUCAGUGCCAUGAUCCCAGUGAAGCAGCUCAUGCAGUGACUGAGCAGGCAAUACAGUAUGGUGCUGAAGACAACAGUACUGUAAUAGUAGUGCCUUUUGGUGCUUGGGGAAAAUACAAGAACUCCGAAAUCAACUUCUCCUUCAGCAGAAGCUUUGCCUCCAGUGGACGAUGGGCCUGAUUGCUUGCUGGGACUUUGAAUUUCUGUGCAACAGUUUUUCACUAAGUACAUAAAGAAACUGAUAAUAGAUUUGAAAAAUCAGCUGUACCAGAGUAACCCUGUGAUUCGCUAGAUCAGUACACAAGCCUGUAUAAACCCAGUAACCAUUGACAUAGUAGUUUUUCAAAAAUACCGGUCAUGUUUAUGUUCAACUGUAUGUACGCAAUAGAAAUAUAUGUAUCAUUCAGCUAAUGUGAGUCUCUAAGUUGAGUGAGCAUAUGAAAAGUGGUUUUGAUAUACUUGCUGAAUGUUAAAUUUCUAAUUUUAAAAACUCUUAGGCAGCUAUGAGUUUCUUUUGAUCACUUUUCUUUAUCCACUUAAACAGGUUCUUCAAGUUCUUUAAUAGUAGUAGUAUUUCGACAGCUCCUCAAUGUGUUAUCAGCAACUGUUUUAAUUUUUAAUAACUGUACCAAGAAGUUAAUGUGAAAACUGAGUUCUCUGUUAUUAUAUUCACCAGGUUUCCCCUCUCCCCCAAUUCAUUCCUAUUCUGUAGCUAAGAAUACUAUAGCGACAUGACUGUUCCUUCAUAUCAGAAAAGAAUGCACAGGCUAAGAGUCCUAUGGUCAAAGCUUACAAAGUCAAAUACCAAUGGUAUCAAGUAUCUUGUAUAAAGUUUCAUUUGUUGUCUAUAACUCUUUCGUAUAUAGUAUGUUUAUAUCACGUUUCAUAUAGAGUAGGCAAGUUGGAUAAUUUGUCAGUAAUAAUACCAGAUUGACCGAUACUGCUACAGAUAUAGCUUGAGGUUUAUGUCUCCUUUUUUGCGUAUUUCUAAGAUUCCUAAGAAAGGAUAAAUCUAAAACAUUAAAAUAUUCUAUAUUUCAGUGUGCUAUGUAAUUUAGGAGUAUAAAACUAUACUUCCUUAUAUUUGCAUGUAAGUUUGCUCUUAAAAUGUGAAUCUCUAAAUGUGUGUUUGGAAUUAUAUCUGCAGCUUAUUUCUGCAGACAGUGUAAAUUUGUUAUUGUGUGAGUGUAUGUACAUAUGUAUAUUUUGGAGUAACAUAAAAUUUAAAGGGAACAAUCCUGUAUAGCUCCUUCAACAGUUAGCUUUAAAUUAUUGAUAUGUUUAUACUUAGGGUCUCUUGACAGACUGAGGGCAGUUUUAUAGUGGAGAACCAAUGGUUAUUGGCAGGUGAGGAAACAUUAAAAAUGGCUAUAACGAGAUAUUUUAUGGUGGGUGACUUAUGUGGAAAACCCAGGAACAGAACCAGCAUGUUGAAGCUAUAUUGUUAUAUGGUAAUUUGCCUAUAAAAUAGGAUGUGAGAAAAAUACUGUGUUAAGAGUGACAUGGAGUUUUGUUGUAGAAACAAAAGAAAAACCAAAAAGAUAAAUUUGGUAUAGUAUAUAUCUCAACUCUCAGCUUUCAGGGUUGACCUUUUUUGUUUCUUUAAGUUUUAUCUAAAGGCUUAUUAAGAAGGAAGAGAGCCCAAGAUACAUUGUUCACAUUUUCUCACCUUUUUUGGGAAUGGAAGAAAAUAAAUCUUGAGUUUUCCAGCUUAUAUUAAUCAGGAGUUGCCCUUUAGGAAAAAAAACCAAAACGGUAAAGAGAUGUUUCAAUUUUUUCUUUCAAGGAAGUUUGAUGAAAGAAAGAAAAAUAUUACAGGAAAGGAUAUAGUCUCCUAUUUGUUGUCUGAGAAGUGAGGACCCAAAGGUAGAGUAGGAAAGCUGGAAAACUUCCUUGUUCUUUCUGAGUCAGGUCCUGGAACAUAAAUAUGGAAGCUACAUUUAGGAGCAUGCAGAAUUUCCAAACUAAUAAGCAAACAGAAACUCUAAAGCACAAAAUAAUAUUUAAAGAUGUAAGUUUAUUUUUGUUUUGAAUUCUUUACAUUACUAUUUUUCUUUUGCUUUAAAAAUGAAGGGUGAGAGUGAUGUUAGCAAGUUCAGAGGUCUAAGGGUCACUGAUGCAUUGAGGUGGACACCUGCCAGGUUUGACAAAGAAAUUUGUAAGGUGUGCAGGGUUGAUCAGCCUUUGCUCUGCUUUACCUCAGAAGCUCUUAAAACCCAAAACCAGUUAACUUUCACUAAGACAUAAAACAUACUUGUGUUUGUUUUUCAAGCCAGUGUUGAAGGAUAAUUUGCAGAUUAUUAUAAUCCAUAGAAGAAGCAUACAUGUAUUAGGCUUCUAAUUAGGCUACUAUUGGGAAUUGUGCAAAGGGAAAUAAAGACUUCUGUAGUGAUUUUUUUUUUAGUUAUAACUAAAUUUGCCAUGUGGCUAUUACCAUGUGGAUUUAGGUAUGGUAUAAAUUACAUUAAGGUAAUUAAACUUAAAUCAAUUGUAUUUAAGUUUGCCUUUCAUUUAUAUGUAGUAUAUAAAUUGUUCUUCUAAAAUGUGUUGUUAAAUUUUAUUUGCCAAUGUUUAUUUGGUAAAAUUACCUUGAAAUUGUGAUUUUUCAUAAAUUAAGUACCUUAUGUAUUCAAAAGUAAAUGCCAUCCUGUUCCAUCAGCUCUUCUUUUGUUACAGAUCUUUGUGUUUAAGUGCCUCAAAGUCUGAUGCUUCUCCCCACCCCCCGAAAAAAUACAGUUUUGGAGGAAUCGGUUUUGAAUCUCUGUACUCUAUGAUAUGAACUUUUCUUGAAUUCCAACCUUUAAAAAUAAUUACUUACUUGAAGAAUUACUGGCACAUAAUCUAAAUAGAAAUUAUUUUUUCAAAGUGGAA